CGGGGUGAAAGGACAGGGAGGCCGACAGGACAGGCCAUCAAAUUCCCAGAUUGACGAAUGGCGAAGCAGGAGUUGACUCGAAUGGAAAAGACACCCUUGAUUCAAGGGGCCUACUGGAAAUGUGUUGGACGCAAAUCUGACAGCAUGGAAGGUUCACCUUUGACUCUGGUUGGUUCGAACCUUGAAGACUGUAGUUCCUGCUUAGCUGUCCUGCCGUGGCAUGUGCUUCCACAUUUGGAGAAGCAUUCUCUGUGCGGCAAGUUUCCCUUACUGCGUGGGGCAUACGUGACGUGGUUUCUGUCAGAGCUAUGCGGAAUGAGUUCGGUUUUAGGCGCAGCCGGUACUAUAGUAAAAGGCACGAGACGACUCGGUCAAGUCCUACGCGACUGAGUUCAGUUGCAGUUCUCGGAUGUCGUCUAUUGCCAUGCUUUGCUUUGGUGACGGCGUUCUUUGCCUGUGCAUCUGCGUCUCCGGCCUUGCAUGCUACUCCAGCUCGAGCAGUUCUGGACACAACUGCAUGUUAGAGCAUAUUUCAUCUUUCUACGGAGGUUAUUCACGUUUGUAUGAAGUGUUUCUCACAGGACAUACAGAUUUCAGGCCAGCAUAACCUUAUUCUUCC